GAGAGUGUAAAAGCUUCAAAGAGACGUUCAUGAAGUGUCUGAAAGAAAACAACUUUGACAACUCCAGGUGUCGACUCCAGUCCAAGGACUAUCUGGAGUGCAGAAUGGAGAAACAGCUCAUGGCCAAAGAGCCUCUGGAGAAACUGGGAUUUAAAGACUUGAUGGAUCCUCCUGCAGGCCCAGAGACAGGGUCUAAAGCCUGAUGUGAUGUUGUUGGACUGUGAACUGGUGAUCAUCUGUCCUCCUGAAGCCCAGGAGCUGCAGGACCUCACACACUGGAGACUCAUUAUGUGCUGUGUACAUACCUAAUAUUUAUAUAUAUAAAUACUGUUUAGUACAAAAAUAAAACUUGACAUUGUCAACA